CACCCAUGGUAGCCCUUCACCCAUGCCACGGCGCGGCUUCUUCCGCCUGAUAUCCGCUCCGCCAACAACCACCAGCUCUGUCGAAACACCAUGCCCACCGACAAGUCCACGUCUCAACCUGAGGCAGAACAACACAAAUAUCUCUUCCCCACAUCUAAAUAUAUCUCAUCGGCAACGCCAGCACCGCUUCCUCUGCGCAUGCCAACAUUGAUUUCCUCAGCAUCAUCGUCGUCGUCAUCCCGGCUUGCACGGACUCUGGGUUGGUGACACAAUCCCCAAGUUGCCCAAACUUACUUCCAUUCCUUGGGUCCGAUGACCGUUUCCUGUCUACAGCAGCCCCGAGAUCCAUGGUUCGCGUCUCAGAAUGGAAGGUUAUGCAUACAUUCGAGCUGACAAUAUCGCGAUACUGCAUGCUUGCACCCGACUGUCAGUGCCAAGAGACCUGUCAAUCAUACCUUAUCGGGACUGUGAGAUUAAAGCGCGCCCGCACA